AAGGGGGGCGCAACCAUGAGAAUCCUUGUGGCCACCGUGUUUCUGGGCCUCGCGUCGUACGCGCUGGCCGAUGGCCUCCACCACCUCGACAUUGCCAAGGUUGGCAACGUCGGCUACGUGGCCCGGGGUCCCGGAGCCCUUGAGUACCACCAGGCCGGAGGCGUGAUCCCGGCUGGCUUUCCCACCGUCGCUCGCGGACAUUCCGGUACCACCGUACACGGACCACCCAUCACCGACACCCAUGGCGUCUCGGUCUCGCAGCCUGCGGUGACUGUCACCCAACAGCGUGUCGAGCAGCCCGCCAUCACUGUGACCCAGCAGCGGCCCGCCAUCACCCUGACUCAGCAGCGAGUGGUGCAGCCUGCCAUCACCGUGACUCAGCAGCGGCCCGCCAUCACCGUGACUCAGCAGCGAGUCGUUCAGCCUGCCGUGACCGUGACUCAGCAGCAGCCGGCCGUCACAGUCACUCAGCAGCGAGUGGUGCAGCCAGCCAUCGCAGUCACACAGCCGGGAUACGCCAUCACUCAGCAACGCGUCGUUCAGCCCGGUUACACAGUGACCCAGCAGCAGCCGGCCGUCACCGUGACUCAGACCCAGCAGCGCGUCAUUCAGCCGGCCCAAGUCGUCAGCCACGUGCCCGGCAUCGCCGUCACACAGCACCGCGUCGUGCAGCCCGGAGGUGUGGCCGUCAGCCACAUUCCCGGAUCUGUGCUCACCACCCAGGGCGCCUACGGAGUCGGAGGUACUUACGGUCUCACACUUGUCAGGCCAGACGGCAAUUACGGUUUCGGUUACGGAAUUGGCGGCGCACAUUAUGGCGCAGGCCUGCUCGUCCACCAGCCAGGUCAAGCCGUGACCACGGUGCACCCGGGAGCCGCUUACGGCUACGGGGCUGUGGCUUACCGUCCGGGGCAGGCUAUCACCACGGUGAGGCCUGGAGCGGCCUACGGCUACGGAGCCGUCUCCUACCAGCCGGGGUCCACGGUUACUACUUACAGGCCCGGAACAGCCUACAACAUCAACGCUGUUUCCUACCAGCCAGGCUCUGCGGUCACCACCGUGAAGCCAGGGUCUGCUUACGGCGUCGGCACGCUUACCUACCAGCCGGGCUCUGCAGUCACCACCGUUCGGCCAGGAACCGUGGGUUACGGCCUGACCGCCGUCACCCAGCCGGGCGCUGCUGUCGUGCAGCACACUCCAGGUUACAUCUAUGGCCUCGGCUACGGAACUCGUACCAUCGGUGUUCCUCAAAUCCAUUACCACACUAGGCCAGUCAACUACGGCUACGGAUAUGGCUUGGGCGGCAUCCGCUAUGGCUCCCUCUACCAUCCUGGUGCCGUCGUGCACGGCGAAGGAUUCGGCCUUCUGCACACCCCAGGUGCCGCUGUCGUCCACCAUGUUCCUGGCGUCGCUGUGGGCACACCCGGUGCGGCUGUGACAACCUACAGGACCGCCACCUUGACUGCUCCAGGUGGCGCAGUUGUGCAGCAAGUUCCGGGUGUCACGACAUACAGGACGGCCACCGUGACUUCUCCUGGCAGCGCUGUUGUCCAGCAGGUGCCGGGUGUCACCACAUACAGGACCUCAACCCUGACUUCUCCUGGCAGCGCUGUUGUCCAGCAGGUGCCUGGCGUCACCACAUACAGGACCUCCACCCUGACUGCUCCUGGCGGCGCUGUUGUCCAGCAGGUGCCCGGCGUCACCACAUACAGGACCGCCACCGUUACAUCUCCUGGCGGUGCUGUUGUCCAGCAGGUGCCAGGCGUCACCACAUACAGGACCGCUACGGUCAGCGCACCUGGAAGCGCUGUUGUCCAGCAGCCCGGAUUCGCCGUCACUGGCGUCAGGACAUACACCGUCCCCGGCUCAGCCGUCGUCCAGCAGAUUCCAGGAGUUACCACCUACAAGACCGCGACAGUUAGCGCUCCCGGUGCUGCUGUUGUCCAACAGCCAGGUUUUGCUAUCACCGGCGUCAGAACCGUCAGCACUCCCGGGUCCGCUUACGUGCAGCAAGUUCCAGGCUCUGUUACCACUUACAGGACAGCCACCAUUUCUGCUCCCACAGCCACCGUCGUUCAGCGUCCAGGUGCUGUGACCACGUACAGGACUGCCACCAUCAGCGCUCCAACAGCCACCGUCGUUCAACAGCCCGGUAUCACCACCUACCGAACCACGGCCUUGCAGCAACCAGACAUUCACGUCCUUCACCAGCCAGCCGUGGCCACUGGAACCCUUGUCGCCCCUGUGAGCACCGGCACUGUGACUACUCAGAAGAUUGCCGCCCUCGGUGCUCAAGGUGCUGCUCUUUUCCAGCAGCCUGCUGUCUCCGUUGUUCACCAGCCGGCAGCCGCCAGUGGUGCCCUCUUGACCCCUGUCACCGGAGGUGCGGUUACCACCUACAGGACCGCCACCGUUACUACUCCAGGACAGGCCGUCGUCCACCAGAUUCCAGGAGCCGUCGUGCACUCUCCUGGUGUGGCUACAACUGUGGUUGGCCACCCAGCCGGUGCCUUCUCUGUGGCUCCAGGACAGAGUAUCAUGUAUGGAGUCGGAGGACUCCGCUACGCCGGUGAUCUUGACGCCGCCGUUCAGGGCGCCCUCCACGGAGCGGCCCUCAUCCACGCGGCUCCCGCCCCCGUGGCGGUCACCAAUGUCCUCCCAGGUGCGGUAGCAUACCACGGCGCCGCCGCCGCCGUUCCAGCAGCGGCCGCUGUGCUGCACCACGUGCCCACGGCCGCCGAGCUGAGGCAGCUCAUCACCUACGGCUACGGCUACGGCCUCGGUGGCGUGCGCUACAGCCACGCCACUCCGGCCGCCGUGGUGGCCGCUCCGGCUGGCGCUACCGUGCACGUGCACGAGGCGGCGCCCGCUGUCGUGACAUCGCACACGAUUCCUGCCGAGGUGCAGCACUACGCCCAGCGCUUCAUCUCGUACGGCCCGACCACCAGCCUCAAGUACACCGUGGACCCGAGCGUUCAGCCCCUCCAGACGCUCAAGAAGAAGUAGACGGUACGCAGGCGCAGGAACCAUGCCCCAGCCCCACCCCCACUCACACACACGGAUGUCCACGUCGAGAAAUCCACAAAUCCGAGGCGCGCGAUCUUCUAUUUAUUCCAGCGUUCUCUUCUUCACUUCUUCCCCUCGCUGACGUCACGAGGCGAGUCCCAGGUAGCCGGGACUCAAAGCCGAUGGUGCCAUCUUCCCGUUUUCAGUCAACCACGGGACUGCACCCCACCGAAAGGCGAGAGACCGUUCGCGCGAAUAAAAAAGACAAAACAAAACAACAAAAAAAGAAACAAGAGACACGUUCUGCUAUCGGCGCGAAUCUUUUCGUUGCCCCGAGAGGGAAGAUAGCAUCUCGCAGGAAGCUCACUUUACGUCGUUAGACCUUGGCCUGUUGGCAUCCAUAAGCGAGGUCGCAUUUAUAUGCACCUCUCUGUGUAUAUAUCUUUUAGAGAUACUGUAUCGAGCCCAUGGUGAUGCGAAUCGUGUGAAUGGUGGAAAAUUAUAAUCUCAUUUAAGCUUCUAGAGUGGGGCACGCAGACUCUUACCUGUGCGCCAGGCAAGCUAAGGGUGAGUCCCAUGUGCAUAUUUUUCAAUCAAUAACGGUGGUAUCGGACACGCAGAAUGUACCCUGAAGGAAGGGUCUUGAACUGACACAGUAGUUCCGCAAUGCCAGUGGGUAUUUUCGUUGUAGGCCUCUAUUAAAGGAAAUAAUUAGCAAACGUUCGUCGUGUUGUCCCGUGGGA